AUGGCCACCGCGAGCAGGAGUCCUCCGAGGCCGCGGGCGUUGCUCUCUCCGCUGAGGCUGCUGCUGCUGCUGGAAUGCUGUGUCCUCGCGGCCGCCCAGAAGGACAAGGGGGCGGCUGGUAGGGAGGCGGGCCCGGUCUCGGGCCCCACGGGCGGUUCCUCGGGUCGCUUCGUGAGCUCAGAGCAGCACGCGUGCAGCUGGCAGCUCUUGGUGCCGGCUCCGGGGACACCGACGGGCGGCGAGCUGGCCCUGAGCUGCCAGGCCCCGGGCGGGGCUCGCCUUCACUGCGCCUACCGCGGGCAUCCCGAGCGCUGCGCGACCUCGGGCGCCCGGCGCUCGCACUACUGGAAGCGGCUGCUGGGCGCCCUGCGCAGGAAACCGCGACCCUGCCUGGACCCCGAGCCGCUGCCACCGCGCCUGUGCGCCCGCAAGAAGGUAGGCGCCGAGCUGCACCCGCCCGCGCGCCCCACCCUGUCCGCGCGUUCCGUCGAGCAGACCCGGGCCAGGGCGCGGAGCCGGGCCCGGCAGCGACAACCAGUGUUGUCCCCGAGCUCGCCGCCUCCCAAGGAGAAGAAGCCCUCGAGGACGAAGACCAGAGUGAGCAGGAGGAAGGUGGGCUCGGACCCGGUCCCAGAGCCUCCCGUAGUGGCCGGGCUCCCGCCAGACGGGCUGGAUCAGAAUGCCCAGCUCACUGAGACCUACUGCACCGAGAAGUGGCACUCCCUCUGCAACUUCUUCGUCAAUUUCUGGAAUGGCUGA